AUGGCUCUACAACGUACUCCACAACAUCCACCUGAUGAUUUGACUCGUGAUGAAUCAGCUGCAAUUCAUCUCUACACACUGGAGUGGAAGGGUACAAGCGAAAGUCUUUAUUCUCAUCUUAAUUAUGUUCUCAGAAGAGGUGAUCAAGAAGAAUUGCAACCAUGGCUCAAAUAUCUUAAACUUUUUCUAACUGCUUUGGUUAAAAUACCAUGUUCAACAUCACAGGUCGUAUGGCGUGGUGUACGAAGGAACGUUACUAGUGAAUAUCCGAGAGAAGCUGAAAUUACAUGGUGGGCUUUCUCAUCUACUACUAAAUCAUUAAGCGUGUUAGAAAAUGAUAUCUAUCUGGGUAAUAGCGGAGAGAGAACAAUAUUUUCCAUUGAAGUGUUAAAUGGUAGGAAUAUACGCGCUCACUCAUAUUUUAACAAGGAAGAGGAAAUUUUACUAUUGCCGGGAACACGCAUGGUAGUACAAUCAAUAUUGAAUCCAGCGCCUGAUCUGAACAUCAUUCAUUUAAAACAAAUAAUUUCGAAGGAAGCACUAAUAGAACCUCCAUUCGAAGGUAAAUUGAACAUUACUAAAAGUUUUUUUCUAACUGAAAUAUGUCUGUUGUCAGGUGCAUCACUUUAUCCACAAAUUGAGUAAGCAUCAUCUUGCUUUGUUUUGCUUCAUCUAAUAGAGUACAUCCGUCAAGAAUCCGUGAAUACUAUACUGUUUAGUAUAUCAUUUUUAGGAAAUGUAAGCAUUCCUACGAGUGAUUUGAAUUCAUUCGUAUAUUCAAGCUUCAAAAGGGUUCCUAAUUUUAUUUAAAAGACAAAAUCCAAAAUUAGGAAUCAUAAUCAACAUCGUAGAACAUUUUCAAAAGACUAUAUGACGACCUUUCACUGAUUUGCUAAUGUUCACAAGAUCCGCUCAAGAGUUAACCCAUUCCAGAUGUUUAUGCAUAACAAAAGAGUUAUUAUGUUUUUUUGUUAUUGAGAAUAAUCUCUGAUACUGAUAUAUCUUUGAUGAUAUAUUAUAGUUCUGUUCCAUAACUGUCGCUUUAUGAAAUUUAUGAAGUGUUGCGAAGAUCUUUAAUCUAGGAAUUGAAAUGAUUUUUUCUUAAUACAGAUGUUUUGUCCAAAAGCUUGAAUAGUUGAAAAACUUACUCAUUCCUUAUAGAGAACUGAAAGGAAACUUGGUAACACUAAGUGGCUUUGGAAACAUGAUUUCAAAUAAUGUUCACCACUGAUCUACAUUACGUACUCUACUAUUUCAUAACGUAUUAACUAUUUCGAUGGAAAAGUCGUCACAAAAGUUUUGAUUUUCGAUAUUCAUGAUCGAACAUUAUUCUUUAUUGCCUUUAAUAGAAUAAACCGAGUAAGUUCGAUUUAACGGAAUGUAUUUCGAUCGAUCUUGAGAUAGGUUCCAUACGAAGUUGAUGAGUCUCUGAUGGAUAUAAUUAUGUUUUUGUUGAAUACUUUCACUAGACAAACAAGUCGUUCUUGGUAUGUCAAGAAAAGAUUUUUAAUUCCAAUAUUUGUAUUGUCGAUGAUGUGCAUCAUAGCAACCAUUCUUGGCUCUAUUCUGGGAACGAAACAUCGUGGUAACACGCCAGGUACAUUUUUUAAUAUAUUGUAACAUGUUGUUGACAUAGACUUACAAAGAAUCAUUUCUAAAUAAUGAAAGAAAGUAUUUAGCUUAGCGCCAAUAGUACGUCGCUCAACUUUGAUAGAUCCUGCAAAAGCUGAUCGAAGAAGAGAACGUUUUUAAUAUGAAUUUUAACUCAAGAGCAAAAGCACUAAUAUAAUGAUACUAAACAUGAAAAACAAUUUCAUUUCAAGAAUUUAUAUUCACUGUAAAUGAAUAAAAAUAUGAAGUUUGCUCGGAACUGACUAAACUUUUGUCUUUCGACACCUUAUUCAUUUUUUGAAACAGUUCUCACCCAAACUCGAUAAAAAAAAGAACUUCAAAAGUACAUGCCCAUUGUCAAUAGGAUUAACUGAAUAGAUCAGAUUGUAAACACAGUGCAUGAAAAGUAGCGUUCAUUUAUUUUUUGUACGAAAGGAUUUGUAAUUUCUAUCCGUUGCAUAAAAUCUUCAAGAAAGAAGUUACACGCACCAGAACCAAGUGCAUGAUGAAAUUUUUGAAAAUUCUCUAAGUCAACAAUCAGUGCUUUUCAUUUGUUUUAAAAUGGUUUUAUUGCAAUUGAAAUGUUUACAUGUUUGAUGAUGAUUCGCUAAAGGAUGAGGGCGUAUAAGGCAGAUAUAUCCAUCGCGGCUCAAAAUCUGUCGCUGCCGCACCGCUCCCGCGAUAGUAUUCGAAAAAAUGUUUUGAUUUUCAAGACUGUGACUGGUUUCAACUAGAACUGAUGCCGCUAAUCGAUCAGAUUCGUUAAGCCUUACAGUAUAGCAUACAUGAACAUGCAGAUUCUGUGCAAAUUCAUGAAUUUUUGAAAUUUUUUCCUAAA